CAGAGCACUCACUCUGUGCUCCCAUCUAAUAUUACGCCAGAGCUGCAGAGCGUGCGGAGGAUGUGUCGCAACGCCAUCAGAGGACUCUGAAAAGAUUUGUUUUGGAUAUUGACUAAAAGUAUUAUCACUAAAGGACAUAAUAAUCGAUCCCAUCUGAUCACAGCUGAGUGACAAUGCCGGAGGAAAAAGUGUUUCAGCAGCAGGCUGUCCACAGCCCUCUGGAGCAGAAGAAGCUGAAGCAGGGCGGAGGAGGAGGGGGACCUAUCCCCUGUCAGAACUGUGGGAAGCCCUGCAAAGGGGAGGCGCUGCGAGUUCAGAACAAACACUUCCACAUCAAGUGCUUCGCCUGUAAAGUGUGUGGAUGCGAGCUGGCCCAGGGAGGCUUCUUCGUGCGGCAGGGUGAAUACAUCUGUACCCUGGACUACCAGCGACUGUACGGGACUCGCUGCUUCGGCUGCCAGGACUUCAUCGAGGGGGAAGUGGUGUCCGCUCUGGGCAAGACCUACCACCCCCGCUGCUUUGUCUGCGCCUCCUGCAAACAGCCAUUCCCGGCUGGCGACCGAGUGACAUUUAACGGGAAGGAGUGUAUCUGCCAAAAGUGUACCCAGCCUCUCCCUGCCAACAGCCCUGCACCCAUACAGGCUGUCCACAAUUGCUGCGGCUGUGGGAAGGAGUUUAAGAACGAACAGUCUCUCGUAGCACUGGAAAAGCACUGGCACCUGGGCUGCUUCAAGUGUAAAGUCUGCAACAAGGUGCUCAAUGCAGAGUACAUCAGCAAGGAUGGCAUCCCCUACUGUGAGAUGGACUACCACGCCAUGUUCGGCAUCCAGUGUGAGAGCUGCAAGAAUUACAUCACUGGAAAAGUCCUGGAGGCUGGAGAGAAGCAUUACCACCCCUCAUGUGCCCGCUGUGCCCGCUGUGAGCAGAUGUUUGCAGAGGGAGAAGAAAUGUAUCUGCAAGGAUCUGCUAUCUGGCACCCACCAUGCAGACAAGCAGCCAAGCAGGAGGAGAAGAGUAAGAAGCAGGUGCGGAUACAGCUCAAUGACGUCCCUGAGCAACAGGUGACCCGGACUUCAUCUGAGAGCAUCACCUCAGUCCCAGCAUCCAGCGCCUCGGGCUCUCCCAGCAGAGUCAUAUAUGCUAAACUAGGAGAGGAGACGCUGGACUACAAGGACCUGGCUGCCCUUCCAAAGACCAAGGCCAUUUAUAACAUAGACAGGCCUGACAUGCUGUCCUACUCUCCAUAUGUCAGCUACCCAUCUGAGGAGAGGCACUACGGAGAGUCCCCCCAGCUACUUUCUCCUACUCCUACUGAGGGCGAUGGAGAGAAGUCCCCCCGUCAGAGGAGGCCCUCCAGCCCCAGCUCCAACAGCUCCCUGGGAGGCUACGGACGUUACACCCCAUCCCGUUCCCCCCAAAAUUACAGCCGACCAGGGCCAGAGUUAUACCUUGCCAGUAGAUACAGCAACCAGGCCCGUGACUCCAGUUCUCUUCCUUUGCCCCCAAACUUCAUGGGUGGCAUUAAGUACCCUUCCACUUGGGCCAGGGACUCAUCCUCCCUCCCUGUCUACUACUCUGGUGGGGCUGAAGGGAGUGGAGGUGGUGGUGGUGGUGACAAGAACUCACCCACACUAGCAGGUGGCAGUGCAGGCUUGUCUUUACACCUAAACCCCACCACACUGGCCAUGCUACAGCAGCACAACUUCAUCCCAUACUUCAGAGGGUUCAAACAGGACCCCGUACCCGACCCUAAACCUAGGACAGCCCUGCAUCUCAGUUUACCUCCUCCCAACGGUAGUGAAAGUGGUCGGAGUACCCCCAGCUUAUCCACCUAUUCUGAUGGCAAAUCUCCCUCAUCCACUUCUACAUACAUGGCUGCUCCCCGGCAUUUCCACAUACCAGAGACUAUGGUCAAAGAUAAUAUCUAUAGAAAACCCCCCAUCUACAGACAGCAUGCUUCUAGAACAUCCUGGCAGGAUGGGGAGGAUAGCAAGAGGACCAGUUGGAUGAUCCUGAAGAGUGAGAUUGAUGGACACAUGGGUCCAGAAGACCUGGACCCCAGCAAGUCCACCUGCAGCCUGCCCACUGACACCUCCCAGCCAAAUUUCCCCUACAAUAAGUCUGCAUCUUUACCUGGAUAUGGAAGAAACGGAAUCUACAAGACUGCUGAGAUGGUGGAGGAUGAAGUGGACCCCGACUCCCACAGCUGGGGAGGCAUGAGAGAGUACAAGGUCUACCCUUAUGAAAUGCUGGCAGUGACACAUAGAGUGAAAGUGAAGCUUCCCAGAGACGUAGAUCGCACCAGACUGGAGAGACAUCUUUCUCCCGAGGACUUCCAGCAUGUUUUCGGCAUGACCCUGGAUCAGUUCGACCGCCUGGCCCUCUGGAAGAAGAACGACCUUAAGAAGAGGGCACGCCUUUUUUAGACGGACACACAUAUAAUAAAGAAAAGAGGAAAAAAAAAAGCAACAUCUCAACAGCCAACCGUCCAGUCUGGAAGGAAGCAGAAAAAGGAAAAACCCAAUCCAUGAAAUAUCUAUAUAUGCACCGCCAUGAUGCUCCGACUGUCCACCUGUAAAACACCAUGCCAUCUGCCUGUGACGCCACGGAGAGGCGCUCCGUGUGGGAGCAUUCUCACAUUGAGGCAGCGUCUAUAGCUUUUUGUAUGCGAUGUGGUCUGAAUGUUUGACUGACAGCCUCACGGAGGAGGACGAGGAGCUGCGUUUGCAUGGCCUGUGUUGAUGCUCCUCGCCUCCCAUGUGGUUUCUGCAUCCUCCCCACCCUCUCCUGGCGAUCCCAAUGCUUUCACACACCCUGGCAAAAAUAACAGCUUUUUCUAAUUCUUGUGCAGACCUUCCUCCAGGUUUCUGUGGUUCUGACUGUUUUAUGUGCGCCUUCUUCGGACUCUGUCGGUCUUGACUUAUCUCCCUGUUUUUAUCUGGAGUUUUUCCUCCAUCACAAUGUGAGGGUUCAUCAUCUUAUCUGUGUGUACAUAUCUUCUGCCUUCUCUCUCUCUCUUUCUCUCUCUCUCUCUCUCUUUCUCUCUCUCUCUCUCUCUCUCUCCAUCAUCUUAUGUUGUUAUCCCUGCGCUGACUGACUGUUACUAGGAAAGUUCAUUUCUACACCUCGCCAUUACGUCAGGACUGACAGACUUGUACACACUCACUAUUUGAGCAUGUCAAGGCCAAAGACAGGGAUAAGAAACAACUUUGGCUUCUCUUUCAGUUUUAUCUUAUCAUCAGCUUUUCUUUUUUAAUUUCCCUUCAUGUUGUAUUCAGUCAGAGAAGUUGGGAAAUCCUGGUCGGGUGGUUUUGAUAUUUGUGCCCUGAUCCGUUUGAAUGCGGUCCUAUAUCUUACGUAAGCCUCUCGUAAAUCAGCGCAGAUAGCGAGAGCCAGGGCUGGAGAGGGGCCACAACAUGGCAGUAAAUCACGGAUAGAAGGGGCGGGAGUGAAAACAGAGGAGAAAACUCAUAUAGAAAGAUUCAGUCGAUACAAAGGUGUCAAACAUGCAGCAUUGCCAGAGUGGCAUGCACUCACAUUAAAAAAACGAAACAAAAAGAAAUUAUUUUUAUAAGCUAUUUUUGACUUCUGGAAAGGAUCAUUACACCAGUCAUGAAAUACAGCUGAGAGAAAUCAUGAUUUUGUUACAAGGAAAAAAA